GUAUCAAAAUCAUAUUCCUCAAUAUUAGCCUCUAUUGCCGUGAUACUCAUUCCGUUCAACCUUUUCUUUUCUUGUUUUCUUCCCCUUCUUUUUCUACUUCUACGUUUUCUUGGAGAAGGGGUUUUCUUCCUUUUUGUUAUUUCUUGUUUGGUCUGUUCUUUUCUUUGCAAUGGCUACUUCAAGAUGGAUCAGGCCUGAGGUGUUUCCGCUCUUUGCUGCUGUUGGUGUAGCUGUUGGCAUUUGUGGGAUGCAGCUUGUUAGGAAUAUCUGCACCAACCCAGAAGUCAGGGUGACCAAAGAGAACAGGGCAGCAGGAGUGCUUGAGAACUUUGCAGAGGGUGAGAAAUAUGCAGAACAUACCUUAAGGAAGUUUGUCCGCAAGAGGCCUCCACAGAUCAUGCCAUCCGUCAAUGGCUUCUUCUCAGAUCCUGAUCUUCCAAGUUCUAACUAGAAAUUCACUUCAACCAUUGAAAUCAGGCUUUCAUAUUUUGUGUUUGUGAUUCUGGAGGAAAUGGGACAGAAAUUAUUAUUUUUUCCAUUUAAGAGCAUGAAGCAAUUGCACAUUGCGAGUUGUUGAAGUUUUUGAUAAAUGGUCAAACAUUGCUGAAUAAUAAAGUUCAUCUGUUAUAAUUACUGUUA